GAAUUGGAUCGGUCAAAAAUAAGAGAUGUAAUAUCAGAAAAUAAUUUAUAUAACAAUGUGAAAUGUACUUCAGGUGAUUUAUCAAAGUAUGCACAGUUAAAGAAAAAGGCAUUAAAUGAUUUGAAUUUAUAUAAGAAACUUUAUGAACACAUAUAUUCUAAAAAGAAUAUUUUAGGAAAAUUUGAUUGUUAUUGUGAAAAAAGUAUAUUUGAUAUGAUUGAUAGAAUAGGUAAAGAGGAAGUAGAGACUAGUAGUUAUGAUAUAAAAUUAGAAGAAAGUAUAGAUAGAAAAUGGGGUAUAGGAACUAUUGUAAUGUGCUUAUUUCCAUUUAUUGGAAUAAUAUUAGCAACUUUUGAUAAAAUCAUGGGCGGUUCUUUCAUACCUGGACCAUUGUAUACCGCAUGUGAUAUUUGUUUUACAAUAUUAACACUUAUAGUUUUAUUUUUCUUCAUUUACACCAUGACAAAGGUUGUAAAAUAUCGCAGAUUAAAAGCUGGAAAGGGUAAAUUGAAUUUUAGGAAAUAUUGUCUUUCUGGUAAAAAUAUUUUUUUGCCUGAAGGGUAUUUGUAUUAUAUGGAAAAAUGCAUUAAUAAGGAAUAA